AUGGAAGAAGUCUAUGACUAUUCUCGGCAUAGAUAUUGUAUUAAUAUCGAUUUGGGCUAUGACAUGAUCACCUCUAUAGCGGUAACCAUUAAUAGACCACUAGAGAAUGAUGAAAGAUAUAAAAAAAAUUACCGUACCUCAAUUUUAUAUGACACUACCGCGAGAAAUAUCAUUGCCAGAGGCAACAAGGCUGACGAAGCGAAUGAGAAUCCGGAAGGCCUCCAAGAAGGCGUUAUUUAUGUACGCAACACCAUAAGCGCGCUCGCUGACAUUUAUUUAAAAUCAAAGCAACAAUCCUUCGACACUACGGCACUGUACGCGCUCUUGUACGAGGAAGCUAUAGACCUGUUACAAAAAAUACUGGAUCAUUGUAAACAAGAAUUGAAUAGUGUAAAUAUGGAUUUUUAUUAUUCUUUGAAUCUUCCAACCAGUUGGGAUUAUGAAAUAAGAGAAGAAUUAUUCCUGCCUCUAUUCGUAAAAGCUGGUCUUCUCCAUGAAAAUGAUGGUCCGGGCAGGCUGGUGUUUUUUACAAUGUUAGAGUUAAAUUUUCAGUGCAUGCAAAUGAAUUCAACCUACCAUAAAGCUAGAAACAUAAAGUAUGGUGAUCAGCGCGUUAUUUGUACAAUAGAUUAUCAAGGUGCAUACUCCGUGGAUUUCAAAUUAGUAUCAGUUCAAUAUCCUGCUUUCAAAUUAGAACGAAGAACAUUGGUGCCACAAUUGUUGAAACAAGCUCACUUUGUAAUCCCAUUUGGACUAAAGGAACUAAGAUUGUCAUUAAUAGCAUGUGUGGAAAAGCAUUGUGAUACUACGUUAUCAUCGGAAUCUAUCGACGACUUGCUUGAAAAACUCAGUCAACAGUUUGAUGGAUUUAGAUAUUUCGAUAUGCAAGAUGAAUUUUUAGAUGAUCAGCCAUUGCCAGACUUGAAAUCUCGCUGGGCGAAUAGAUUAAUUACUUUAGAGGACAUACUUGAACAUUUUUCUGGUCAAGCAGAAAAAAUCUUUAGGAGUGAAGUAGAUAAAUUUCUUGUAGGCAGGAGCAAUACAGUACCCAGACCAUUGGACAUUUAUUACACAAGUCGAAUCCCGGAAACAUUUUUUGCCAUGGGGCUAAUCUCAUUAUUUGAUUGUUGGUCGAAAAAGUAUUUCAGGGAACUAAAAGAAUCAUACAUAUCCGCGGAACGCGGUGCUGAUUACCCCAUAUUCGAACCCUUUGACUAUAAUUACCGAAGAUAUGGAACUAAAAGGCUUAUAAACUACCGAAUGGAAGAAUUUAACGUGCGCAGAAACUCAGUUAUACUACCCAACGAAACAACAAUGGAAGAACCCAAAAGUUUCUUAAAACCUAUUAUCUUCAUUAAUAUCGACGUAUCGCCUACACGGAUCCAGACUACUUUUACAUACCUAGAUAAAGGUAGACAAGUUGGACAGAGGCAAAAUUUUGAAUGUAACAUGCAACCUUUGAAUUAUUUCAUCAAACAAUCAGAAAUAUAUCAGAGACCAGUACUACACAUAUCAAAUAGACUGAAGUUAGGUUUGGAAAAGAUUUUCGGUGACUAUCUUCAACUGUACUCAAGUUACAAAAGAAAUGUGAAAAAAAGAAUACCAGUGAGCCCAGCAUCCAAAUUACUUGGCAGGGCAUUCCAAAAUACGCGGAAGAGGAAUACUUUAAGCAUUGAUGAAAGGAUAAAAUCAAAAGAAAAUCGGUUAAAAAGAAUUAGAAAAUUAUUUGUCUCCUUAGACCCGGACCUAUUUAAAGAGCUUAUGACAAACCUUGAAAUGGACAAUCUUUUUGCGUCGAAGGACGAAUUUCCUGCUUCGGAUAGCGAGUCAUUUGCUACAUGCCAUCCAGGUUACAUGUAUUUUUUUAUGAUCACAUAUCUGCACUGUCUCAACACGCAAAUAGAGGAAAAAUUAAAAAGUAAUGUAGGAUUGAAUUGGGGAACCAACAACAUUUGGUAUGGCGUUUCAAUUGAUAAAAGCAUAUUGGAUACUGUGUUCGGCUCAAUAAAAAACCUAGAAAAAUCUUUCUUUGCAAGUGGAAUACUUGGGAAGGACGACGAACUUCGAAAAGCAAAGUUCUGUACCCGUGGUGAAGAAAUUCUACCAGCUAUCCAACACAAGUAUCAACAUUUGGACUUUAGUUUGAAAUCAUACUUUGUUGUUGCACAGAUAUCUUCAAAACAUAUCCAACUUAGUUUGCAUCAGGUGGUCAAACUGGCAUCACCUGGAGAAGAUCCGGCGUCCAUGAUUAUUCAGGAUGAAAUAAUACAUAUCGAUGAUGUAUAUGAUACACUUUGUAAGAGUAUUAUGAAGAGCAUACAAGUCAAUUGUCAAGUUGAUUACUGUACCGCGCAUAAGAACGGGGAAGAUGUCCAGUAUGAUUUCCAGUCAUUUGAGAUAUAUAGCAAUGUCUAUCGAAAUUUGAAACCAUGCGUUGUUGAACUUUUCGAAAAAAACAAGUCAAAUUUGGACAUGGAUUCCAAAAUACAGCUGAAUAUCAACACGAAAUGCGAUUGCAGUAUCAGUAUUUCUCUUCCUGACAUUAUUGAAGUAGGCCUUAUGUCGGUAAUAGAAAGUAUAACAACAGAUAUAUUGGCUUCUUUGGACAACAAAAGACUAUUUGGAAACUUUAUACCGAAAUAUAUUUUCGUGUUUGGCGAUCCGUUCAAUCUGGGGCAGGGUUCAAAGAUCUACAUCGCAUACACCAUGCUUAUGCAAAAAUCGAUUGAUGACGGUGUUUAUAUGAAAGAAAAAGAUACAAAGACAUUUGUACUAAGAGAAUCUAUUUUCCAAUUAUUGGAGACGGUUUUAUCUGGAAAAAAGCCUUACAUGUUUGAAAGGUUUGUCACUGGAACUUUGUGCCAAGUGUCAAGCAAAACAUACGGGAUGCGGAUUACAGCUGACUACAAACCGAUCCCUUUCACCCGAAUAAACGGUGAUGGUGUUAUCAAAAAUACAAUUACAGAAGUUGGUAGUUAUUUAGUAUUUAUUCAGAAAGGGAAGCCAGUUCCAACAAGAGGGCUUAUAAUUCAAAUCAAUGAACCAUAUUAUAUCAGAUUAACAAUUCUUCAAUUAGAAAGUUCAACCAGUACUGUUCCGGACAAGUAUACUCUAUUGCACGGCGACACUCCUGGUGUUAUUUAUGAUAUAUACUCAAUUAGAUUGACUGAUAUUUCUAUUAAUACAUUUGUGGUAGAAUAUGAGCAGAUUAGCAAUAAUUUAUCUAUCAAAUUAUCAGGAGGAUGUAUGGGUGAUAUUUAUGACUAUAUUGAUCGACCUUAUUACUUAACCGAAAAUAUCCUGGAGCCAUUGACACUCGCUUAUAUUUAACAUAUCACUGCCUUCAAUAAAAUCAACCUAUUUUUAAACCACCGUUUU